GAAUAGGAUCGUUGGUUGAAUAAAUAAAAUUCACCGAUAAAAUUAAUAGAUAAGAGUUCGAUCAAAUGAAAAUCUAGUGAGGUGUUGAACUCCUGACGGUAUAUCGCGAGGUGGUGACGAAUCCCGAAAUAUAUUCUGCGAUCGAAUAAUUCAUGAUUCGAAAACAGCCGGACUCGGUAAUCCGUCUCAGGGGCCUUUUUGGAGCGGAUUUAACGCGGAGGAAAGGCCCUUAAAUUUAUCAUUCUACUGCACGGGUAUACCGGAAUUCAGGGGCAUUCUCAACGGGGUUUUUAGCAGAUAUAAAGUCCCCUGGAUCCUAAUACCGCGCUGUAAAAUUACAGUUCGAUUGAAGCCGCGCAGCGCUUGCGCUUGGUAACGGCUCCAACCUGGUGAAAAGGAGGUAGGUGAAUUGAGAAGUCGAUUUUCGCCCCGUAUAGAAGCCGGAGUGCCGCAAGGCUGUAUAAAAGCGGAGAUAGCGUGUCGUGUGGGUAGCUUGUGAGUCGUGCAUCCCACGGCAGAACGAUUAUGGCUGAACAGUGGCCGUCCCCUUAUCCUCUACCUGUGCCGUCGAUGAAAUACGCGAGUACACCGCGUGACUAGCGAAUUUAAUCAACGAUGCGUUUGUCGUUCGCGACUUUCGUGACACUUGAUCAUCACCUGGACCACCUUGAUUUAACCGAAGUUUGUUAUACGGGCAUAAAAUGUUCCCGGAAAUGCUCCGUCUCUCAUACCAACACCGAGCUUUUUAUUGUUACGUGAUACUCAGCGUAUGGAUCUUUCUCUUGGUAGCUGGGAUGUACAAGUACAUCGGUAUCGAGGAGAAAACAUCCAGCCCGGGUAGACGCCCCGCUAGCGAGAUAUCCCUCAGAGAAUUUCCGAGAAACCUUAAGCUGGAUCCUAAAACUAAAAAGAUAUUCAGAUUCUGCAAUCCACCGGAUGACAUAAGCCCCGGAGCCGAAGGAAAAGUCGAGGGAAAUUUGACUUUGGAAGGAAUUUUGGUGUUCAUUAGACACGGUGACAGAGGGCCACUAGCUCAUAUAAGAAACAUAACGACGGUGAAUUGCGCUAAAGAUUUUAGCGGUAAUCCUGAGAUGGAAAACACUUACUUAGGAUAUCAAAAUUUUCUUCAAAAUGUAUCGAGCUAUUCGAGGACCGCUUGGACGCAGUUUUUGGGACCAUUUCACGGAUUUUCUAUGCUGCCGGAUAACUCGAAGGAUUGUAAACUCGCUCAGCUGACUGGUUUGGGUGUUAACCAGCUACUGAAGACUGGACUUCUCCUGAGAAACACUUAUUACAACAAAUUAAAUCUGAGCAAUAACACGAUCGGGUCUAAAGACGUGGUAGUCUACAGCACCCGUUACCGGAGAACCGUGCAAAGCGCCGUUGCUCUACUUUACACGUUUCUGGAAACUGAAAAUUUCGCUAAUUUCGCUAAAAUAAGUUUACAGGAGAGUCAGAGUCUUGCCUUCUGUAAUUCCGAUUGCGCCUGUUCAGCGGCUGAUAAAUUCAGUAAACAACACUCUAAGGAAAUGGCUGAGCACCUCAAGUCCCACCCGGCUGUUGCGAAUUUAAUUAAACAGGCCGCUAAUGUGGUCUUCGAAAUGCCUGACCAGGCGCAAACCACCGAUCCAAAUUCCUUGAGGGAUGCUCUCCUCACCUACGUUUGCCAUAACGCUCCUCUGCCCUGCAUAGACAUGGAAGUACAACAAUUUUGCGUUAAAACUGAACACGUUACAAGUCUCUUUGCAUAUACGGAAUGGGAGGCGAAACAACACGCAAAAAGCCGCAGCCAACGAAAAUACGGACUGUUACGGGCCUACGGUUUGCUCAGAAACAUCGUGUCCCACAUGCUGAGGAUAGUUUCGGAUGCCAAGCCUAAAAUUGUAUUGUAUUCGGGACACGAUAAAACGCUGGAGUAUUUGGCAACGGCUCUCGGUUUGAUCAGCGACCGAUUUGCGAUGUCGCAUUACGCCUCCCGGUUUAUAAUCGAGGUUUACAAGAUCAAUCCCAAGAACGAAAACCACGUAGCUAGCGAUUUUUACUUCAGGGUUGUGGUGAACGGUAAGGAUUUUACCCAAGAAAUACCAUUUUGCAGAAAUGCUAAUUAUUUUGGAGUUAAUAUUCACGACAGAUCAGAUAAAAGUGAUAAAGUUAAAACAGAAUCUAAACUGUGCCCGAUCGAAGCGAUAAUCAGGCAACUCCACGACGAUUAUUUUACGCCUUUCAACGCCACAAACUUCAAAGAUGCCUGCUCUAUGCGUAAACAAGGCCGAUAAUUAUGAAUAGCACUAUCGAAAAGCGUUGAAAAAUUUUCGUAACACUUUGCGGUCCAAAUACAUGAAUAUUUGUACAGAAUUUAUACAGCUGUUAUCAAGGAUUCCGAAUCUCUCUCGAAACUGGACUGCAAAUUCCGAUUAGAUUAAAAGUUGGUCACUGUUGUAGAUUGAUUUUGUUUUCCAAACACAAUCACUGAUUUCCUAUCUGAUAAUUAAAUUAAUGAAUCGAGUUAUAGUUUGAACGAUGUAAGAUUUUUACCAAGAAAGUAUUAGGUCUCCCAGUAAGUUCUAUUACUUGAUUAAUUCAGUAAUUACCUAAUAUAGGUAUGCCCUAGAUUUUAAGCCGAGAGUCACGGCAUGGAAUGAGUUGUUUUCGAGCACAUGUUUACACGAUUCACUAAUUGUAUAAUCUAUUCAAGAAAGCCUUAAGAACAUAGUCUUCUAGCACGUUGAAGUAAAUAUAAAUUAAUAUAAAUAUAUACAUAGCUUUAGAUGGCCACCAUAUAUAUUUUAUCAUACGUGAUGUAUAUAUGUAUAUAAUAAUGUAAACCCACAAACACAUGUAAAUGUUCGUUUUUGGUGUCUAAGUUAAUAAUAAUUGGUCAACUUCAUCCAUUUGAGCCAGAUCGUUUACUAUGUUUGAAUCCGUUGUAAUUUCGAAAGUUUAAAAGUCUAGUAAUAAUGCCUAUACUGAUGUAUUUGAACAUGAAAUAGGUACUUCUGUUAGAUUCCUGAACAACUAUAUCAUGAAUAAAUUGUGCUAAUUGGCCGGAUACGUCCGGUGUAUAAACAUGUUGUUUUGAUGUACACAUAUUCUAUAAGAUUGUAUAUUCAAACAUUGUUAAAAAUAAAAAGAAAAGUAUCAAGUU